CUUUUCUCUCUUUUUUAUAUACCAUCUUUUAUUAUUUAUUUUUAUUUUUUUUUAUUUUUUUUAUUUGAUUACCCAUUUUAUUGCAUCCUACUGUCACUUUGCUCAUUGACAACACGCUGCAUCUGAUUCUGUCAUAAAAGACGUAUUGAUUGUGAGGCGAAACAAGUGGAAAAGAAAAGAAACUCUCAGGAGGUCCAACAACCAACUAACGGCAACGGCUUCUACCCUACUCACAGGAACUCUCCAUUCCUCUUUUAUUCUACAAUUUUUUUUACUUUUAACAUCCUACAACAAUGACUACACCUCGGGCUGUGGAGAGAUCACUCUCGGAAUUAAACUUGCUUGGUCCUGAUGGCUGGCCUGCUUGGACUCAGGUUUUGCAAAAGUCAUAUAAGACAAACUAUGGUCGUAGUGAGGACCCUGUUUACCUCCAUCUCGCGUCCAAGACGCGACUUGGCGCAGUAACCCUGCUGGCAGUACAGUUUCUGGAUUUCUUGCAGGAAGAUGGGCGAUACGUAAUGUUUCAGAUGUCCAUCACUGACCAAAAUCUGCUCUCAACCAUUCAGAGCAACCAAGUUGGACAACUUGCAUGGCAGAUGCCCAAGUCGCGCGAGUACUUUCAUUUGACUGGCAAAUUUUACAUCUGCUCCGCACCCCGCCAAGUUACUCGUUAUUCGCCGCCCGUACUUCCUCAUAUCAGUGGCACGGCUGAGGAUUUGGCUACACAGCGCCAGGUUUCCAACCAAUUCUGGGAGGCCAAACGUGUGGAACAGUGGCGCAAACUACCACCCAAGAUCAGGGCAUCAUACACUUGGCCAAUGUCAGGCAGCACACCCAAGGCACCUAGUACUUCGUUCCAAUGUCUAGCGAUGGAGGACUUGACACAACAGGAGGCGGUUGGCAGGAACAAUAAUCGGGAUAGUUUAAUGUCACAGGAUGGCACACCUUAUCCCAUGUCAUCUCCUUCGUCACCUUCUUCCGUCACAUCGUUCCGUUCACGCUGGAAUUCUUUUGCAGGCGGUGCAACAUCACCAACAACAGAUGAGGCACCAGCACCUUUGUCGCCUAUCUCGGCCAAGAUUCGAAACGACAACCCUGCCAAAAUUCUACAUGAUAUUGCCUUGGAUAAUUUCUGCCUGCUACUAUUCAAGCCCUUGGACAUUGUUCAUUUUGAGUCGUCGCCUCUUCCACCCAAGAGAACUAUCUACACUGUAGACGCAGCUGGCCAAUGGGUAGUGACUGAGGCGAACCCAUAAAGAGGGAGGGGGGUUAUGUUUUUUUAAGUAUCGAAAUAUUGAUAAUGGCGAUUUGGAAUACUUCCUCUCUGAUAUUAUUUUAUCCGCCAUCUAUCUUAAUAAAUAUAUACAUGC